GGCAAUGCUACAACAUCAAUUGUGCGACAAACAGGACAACCACUCAUUCUUCACAUAACCAUUCAUUCAUGUCCAAAAGAACUCGACUCAUUAAUUCCUGUUUCCCGUUCUUCAUAACAAUCCAUUGUGGUGGUGGCCGGUGACUCGGCGCGGCUGCAACCACAGAAUUAAGCUCCGGCCAGGGUGUUCCCGGCCCUGGCGAAUACAAACCGGAGACGGGACAACAUCAAAAUCAAAAUCUAAAGAUAUUUAACAUCAUAACAUAUUAGGCAGCAAAACAGAAAAUUGAAGGCCGGCCAGGACACCGGGGAAACGAAAUGUCGGGUUCGCCGCCGCCGCCGCCUCCCCUAAUGAGGCCGGAUUUUGACGUUGAUAAGCUGAGCCAGGCGGUUCUCUGUUUUUCAGAGACAAUAUACCGAUCAAACGGUGUGUGGGAAGGGCCUGAUCCAUUGACACCCAUAAUUCCUCUGUUCCUCCUCCAGAUAAUGGUGGCCAUUCUCUUCUCCCGCCUUCUCAACUUGGCUCUCAAACCUUUCAACCAGCCUCCCAUCGUUGCAGAAAUCAUUAGUGGGAUUCUACUGGGUCCAUCAGCAUUGGGAGGAAUCAAGAGCUUCCGAAAUAUGCUCUUCCCAAACUACAAUUUCGAAAUAAUAGAGACAAUGGCCCACUUAGCCCUUGUACUCUACGCCUUCAUGAUCGGACUCCAAACCGAUGUCAAAGCAGUCUUGCGAACCGGAACCAAGUCCAAGGCCGUCUCACUUUCCGGCAUCAUGGUUCCAUUCCUCGUAGGCACCUCCUUGUAUUACUCAUUGCCACAUGAUGAGAAACCAGGUGGUUUUGUAUUCUGUGGUGGCGCACUCACGGUCACUGGCUUCUCCACACUGGCCAACAUCCUAGAGAAACAGAAGGUUCUCCAGACUGAUGUUGGAAAAGUUGCUUUAUCGGCAUCCUUAGUCUAUGACUUGUCAUCAUGGGUGCUUCUUGCAUUAGGAUUAAUGACUUCGGGGAGCAGUGAGAACAUACAUUGGGCCAUUAUCUGCAGUCUUGCAUACAUGGUGUUCUGUGUGUAUUAUCUACGUCCAUUAUUGGCAUGGAUAGUGAGGAAGACACCUGAAGGACAGGGGUACAGCGAGUACUACAUAUGUUCUUUAUUAGUCGGGAUGAUGGUCUCGGGUAUCAUCACGGAUGCGAUCGGGACGCACCCGAUGAUCGGAGCGUUUAUUUUCGGGCUUUUGGUGCCCUCCCAGGUUCUUGAGGCAGCUGUUCUCGACAGGCUUGAGGACUUCGUUAUGGGAGUCCUCAUGCCUGUCUUCUUUGUGGUCUGCGGCCUUAGAACCAACAUCGAUGUCAUGGCUAGUGGUGUGAGCGUGUUUACUGUGAUCAUGGCGAUACUCUUCGCCUUCGCCGCUAAGACCCUAGGUGCUCUUUUCUCCACUUGCUUCUCUGGCUUGUCAUAUAAGGAGGCAAUUGCUGUUGGAGUUUUGACAAACACCAAAAGUACCCUGGCUAUGGUUAUUCUUGAGAUAGGUCAAGUGCAAGAGGCUUUGAGUACUCAAACGUAUUCUAUAAUGGUGGUUUCCGUCUUGAUGAUGACAAUCGUGGUGACGCCAUUGACGACCAUGUACCGUCCAUCACAAAAUUUGGUGCCAUACAAACGGAGAACAAUAGCAAAGGCAAAACAAAAUGAAGAGCUACGAGUCCUGGCAUGUAUCUAUGGAACUAACGACAUUCCUCCCAUCAUCCAGCUUUUAGAAUCCUCGAAUUCCACUGAGAAGUCGCCAAUUAGCGCAUUCGGCCUCCAGCUGGUUGAGCUCGUCGGCCGUGCUCCGGCCAUGCUCGUUGUCCACAACUCGAGUCGGCGAGGGGUUUCCAGAAACCUAAGCCACGAGGAGGUCCAGACGAGCCAAAUCAUCAGCGCG